AUGUCCAGCGAAGAUGGCGAAUCGUUUGACCAAGGCAAAGUAGCCGAGUCCGACGUAAUCCUAAGCAACGAUCCUGCCUUCGUCCCGUAUACCGGAUACGAUCCCAACAGCGAAGCCGCUAUCAAGCACAACGAAAAGGUUCUAAGCCUUUACGGCUUCCGCAUCAACGUCAAGCUGAGCGGCCUCCAACUCGCCACGCUAGCAGACGCCGCCCAAUCGUCGCCGGAGAACCAACUCGUUCACAAGAGCCCUGCUUUGACCUUUGAGCCCUUCUACUUCUUUUUCUACGGCUCGCUUCAGAUACCGCAUGUUGUGACGACUGUAGUGAGAGGAGGAGGCGAAGGCGCCAGCUACAAGCCAAUUUUGAAACCCGGCUCUAUCGAGGGGUGGAAAAUCAUGAUGUGGGGACCAUACCCGGCCCUAGUUCCUAAAAAAGGCGGCAAGGUCACUGGGAAGUACUGGAAGUGCAAGCGUCCCGAGGAUGUUUGCAGACUUUGCAUGUACGAGACCGAUGCGUAUCGCAUGGAGUUCUGCGACAUCACCACGGAGGAAGGAGAUGUGAUCAAUGGCGGACGCAUUUUCGUGUCGACGGUGGAGAGAGACGAGCUGGAGGUGGGGAGCUUCAAUCUAGAGAAGUUCAUUCGGGACCGGGCAUAG